AUGGAGAAAAAAGAAUCAGCCACCUACACCCACGGCCACCACCCCUCCGUCCUCCGCUCCCACACCUGGCGCACAGCCGCCAACUCCGCAGCCUACCUCCUCCCCCAUCUGCGCCCAGAUAUGCACAUCCUCGACAUCGGCUGCGGGCCCGGCACCAUAACCGUCGAUCUCGCCCGGCUGAUUCCACAGGGCCACAUAACCGGUCUCGAGCUCUCCCCGUCCGUCCUCGAGCAAGCCCGCGCCCUCGCCGCCGACCAGUCCCUAACCAACAUCACCUUCCUGUCCGCCGACGCCAACGCCCUCCCCUUCGAGGAGGGAACAUUUGACCUGGUCCUCUGCCACCAGGUCCUCCAGCACGUGCGCGAUCCAGUACAUAUCCUGGCCGAAAUGCGCCGGGUCACGAAAGAAGGCGGGUUAGUUGCGGCCAGGGAAUCGGAUUAUGCGGGGUUCGUCUGGUACCCAGCCACCCCCGGGCUAGAUGUCUGGCGGGAAACAUACCUGAAGGUAUGUAGGGCGAACGGCGGGGAGCCGAAUGCGGGGCGGAUGGUGCAUGCCUGGGCGAAGCAGGCUGGGUUUGCACGCGAGCAGAUAAAGUGUAGUUCGAGUAAUUGGUGUUAUAGUUCUCCUGAAGAAGUGGAGUGGUGGAGUGGGCUCUGGGCGGAGAGGACGGUGGCGUCGGAGUUUGGGAGGACGGCGAGGGAGAAUGCGGGUGUUGAUGCAGCAGAAUUGGAGGGGAUCGCGAGGGCGUGGAGGGAGUGGGGGGUGCAGGAGGAUGCGUGGUUUUCGGUGCUUUCGGGGGAGGUGCUUUGUGUUAAGGGGGGGAGGUGGUAG